AUGCCGUCUAGGCGAAAUCUUUCAUAUAAAAAAGAAAAACUUAAUAGACAACGCAUCAAAAAACGCUUCAUUCAACAACCCAUUACAAGACAUAAAGAUACAGAAAAGGUGAUCUAUCAGCCAAUAUCCAUCACAAAACAUGAAGAUACAGAAAAGCAAAAGUUAAAGCACUAUUUGAGAGAGACCGACUUAUUAAAAAAGAAUAAAGAAUUGCCUAUGUGCUACUUGG